AUGAGAAACCUUACACCAUGGGAGUACAUCAUGGCAAGACGUCGCUUCACAUUAUUUUCAUACCUACCAGUUGAGAUUAGAGACGAAAUCUGGAGAUUGACUCUCGAGCCGCGUAUUGUCGAAGUUAGACCCAAAAAAAGCAUAUACGAUGGAUUUUAUUCCACUGCUCCGCUACCGGUUGUGUUGACAGUCUGUAAAGACUCGGAGAGAGCUGUCCUACGUUUGUACCCCAAAUACUUUGGUGGGGCACUAAUUGCUGCGCGAAUCCGAUUCAACGCCAAGAUUGACACCCUAUAUCUGGAUUGGAAACUUCAAGAUCACUUGAGAUGCUUCCUGGUAAUGAUUAGUCUGCAGGAGGCUGAAAAGAUCCAAUUCUUGGCUAUAGAUCAAUACAUUCGGUGGUCACGUCAAUCCAUUGAUCCGGACUAUUGCUGGUCUUCAGCCCCCGUGUUCGAAUUUCCACUGACAAUUUUCGACCUUCAAACCGACUUUUUCAAAAGGUGUUGUCACCUUGUCGUGGAUCUGGACCAAAAUCUCCGCAGAAUUGACGCCGAAACUCUGGAACAGCUUUGCUCCGUAGUGCGAUGCAUGAAAAAAUUGAAGGAGCUCAUAUUUGUGCAUGACGAUAUUAUCUGGGAUGAAGAGUUUUUAAAAGAAGGUGGAGUAUUUCCCCAGCAGGAUGAGCUUGCUGGCUUGACACUCUUUCAGCCUCAAGAGGUCUAUGAUCUAUUCCCAGAACCAGUCGAAAUGAUCCACUUCGAUUAUCGCGAGUCUAUUGAGUAUUAUGAUGACGACAUGGAAAUUGAAACUCUCCAAGAUGAUCUUGAAACGAAAUUCGCGAGUCCAAAGUUUGAGAUUCUGGUCCGAUAUGGAUGGAGGUUCCCAGACUCGUUGUCACUCCCUUCACGUCAACCCCGUCUUACAGAAUCGGAAUAA